AUGUCCUCGAAAGAAAAAAAUUCAGUCUCAAACUCAGUCGUCAAUUAUGCUCGUUCUAAGGUUGAGUUCAACAAAGGCUCUACUAUCGCCUCCAAUACAGCCAUUCAAGUGUCUACCCUCUAUUUUAACAAAUCGGAUUCCGGCAUUGUGAAAGAUCAAGACGGCUCGAGUACACCUUCAAAUCUACGAUGUUAUCAUGGAUUAACGGUGAUUUCUACUGAGUUUAACAGAGCGAAUGUCAUCCCGAAUGCAAAAAUACAAACCCACCAUGAAAAGACCAUUGACCCGGAGGAUUGUGAACACAGAAAGUACUGUGAAACCAGCGAUGAAAAGCGGCCUAUACAUCACAAUCAGUGCCGCCCCGAGAACUAUGAACUCGUGAGAUUAACGAAGACCGAGGGAGUUGCGUUGAAGCUUUUGGAAAACAUGAGGAUCAAGGGAUUGAUCAGGAAUGUAGAGGUUCUGUGGAUCAAAAAACCGACGGGAACUCCGGUGACUACAAGGAGUCUUGAAUAUUUUGAGUGUUAUGGCGAUGAUUACGGAGGUGAAGAUGACGAAAACCCGUUCGUCGAUUGUGAACAUGACCCCGGUGAGGAAUGUUGGAAUUGUGAAAAUCAGGAUCUUGAAUAUUUUGAGUGUUAUGGAAGUGAUUGUGGGGGGAGUAAGUGA